UGAAUUCUGACAGUGCAUUUUGUUCGCGUUGAAAAAACAGUUGUGUUCGUUGUGAAUUUGUGAUACACAUGUUUCCUACUGCAUCUUUAUCUCCUUUUCAUUUUGUUUUUCUGCAAAUUCUCUAAUAUUUAAGUUUACCAUAAAUAAAAUAAUAAAUACUUUUUUAAAAUGAGUUCUAAAGAAGACUGGGAUGUGGAACAACAUAAACAAGAGCAUGAAUGCGAAGAACACUGGGAGUUAAGACGAAAAUUCCUUCUCGCUCAUAAAGACAGAUUUCCUGAGGAUGAAUUAGUUUGUUUAGCUCAAGUUUUUACAAAUGUAGAAUUUUUAGGAUGCCGCUAUCCACAAGAAACAAUGGAUCUGAUAUCAGAAUUAUCGCUCGAUGUCGCAGAAGACUACAGAGAGAAACAAAAAACGAAACUUCAGAGAACCUUUGUCAAAGCUUCGGACGCCGCUAGUUCCAAAGCUAAAGGACAAAGACCUAAUGAUCACGUACAAAUUAGCAGUAAGACGGAACAUAAUUCUCCCAAACCGGAACAAGAUGAUGGUGACCAAGUCCCUUGCAAACGAGCAAAAUUUGAUGAUCGUAAAAGUAAUAUUACACCUCCCUUUGGAAACCUUGUUUUAUUUGAAUAUCCAGACGAUGCACCACAAAGUAUCAUAUCCAGAGCAGUCACUGCACGAGGAGGAACUUUAGAUAUCAAAUUUGACAAAAAUAAUACAGAAAUAAGCAAAUGCACUAUGUAUGUAAAUUCGAAAAAGCUGUCAGAAGGUUCAGGCCAAAAUCAAAAGUUGGCAAAGAAAGAAGCUGCAUCUUCUGGUUUGCAAGUUUUAAUGAAGUAUUAUUACACUAUAAAAGUAAAGAAGGCAGUGAAAAAGGAAUCAGUAACAAGUAACGAACUGAGAGGUGCAGAAGGGAAUACUUCUUCAGAAUUAACUGAGGAUAAUAUAGGACAAAAAUUAAUGAAAUUAAUGGGAUGGUCGGGAGGCGGACUUGGAAAAAAGGAACAAGGAAUUAAGGAACCUGUCACAGUGAAACAGCAACUGAGUAAAAGUGGUUUGGGUUUGCAUCCAGAUAGUUCUAAUUUAAAAGUCCUCAAGAAAAAAUGUUAUGAAGUACUACGUGAUUAUAUGAAAGGUGACAUGAGAGAAGAUUUAGUAUUGUCAUCUGAUUUUACUAAUGAAGAACGAGCCAUUGUUCAUCAAGUUGCGAAGCAAAUGGGAUUAAAGUCACAGAGUCACGGACCAAAAACACAAAGAACUUUAGUCAUUUCUAGGAAAAUAGAUCCAAAGGAACUGGUGGGAGAAUUGCAAGAAAUCGGUGGUUCAACGGAUAAAUAUGAGCUUAUAAGUCCUACGGAUGAUAUGUACGUGUUCAAUUAAUUUUCUUUUCUUAGUUUAUUUUAAUUUUAAAAUAAAAGUUAUUAAAAUUUU